AUGAACAUUCUCAGCUUUUCUCCAGGGACGCUGCUGAAGACAAUUUACACAGCCCCGCUAAAUGUGCACAAAAAUGAUUUCGGAUUAUCGCUAGAUGUAUCCUACAUUACGCAGCGGCUAAUCGUAUGUUCUUAUCCGGUCAUUAAAUAUCCAAAAAUGUUGUAUCGCCAUAGCUUGAAGGAUCUCGUGCUGUACUUAAACCUGACCCACGGUACUAAUUGCUGGAGAAUCUAUAACUUCAAAAUUGAGGUCGGAAGCUCCGACUAUAGCGAUGAAAACUUGUAUUCGUUAGUGAAACAAUCUACACCGCCAGUUUGCUCAACAAUUGACACAGGAACAUACUUAUCUGUAUUUGCCGACAGCUCUUGCAGAUCUUCAUUGAGUGAAGUGUGUACUACUCGAGAAACCACUACGGAGGAAGUCACUGAAAUUGAGAAAACCAACGCUAUCAUGCGAUUUGGAUGGCUGGAUCACUCUCCACCGCCUUUUUUGAUGCUGCAGGAUAUGAUAGAAAGCGUUCAUGAGUUUUUAUGCGAAGAUAGCGCUCGAGUUGUGGUAUUCCACUGCAAAAUGGGCAAAGGGCGGUCAGGAACAGUUGCCAUCGCCUAUAUGAUGAAAUAUAUGCAGUGCUCUCUCAAGGAGGCCAGUGAAAUUUUCUCAAACAAUAGAUUCAGGGGUGGAAUAACUAAAGGAGUCACGAUAGCGUCACAACUUCGAUUUUUAAGAUACCAUGAGAUGUUAAUGUGCUUUGGACAAAGGAUUGAUGAUCGGCUUGUUACAAUGGAAAUUGCCGCAUGCAGGUUCCGCCUUGUUGAAAUUGAACUCCAUGAUAUAGCUACAUUUCCUAGCAUUGGUGUUGGAUUUUCAAAACCUGUUAUCGUUGCCAAAAUGCAAGCUUUUAACAAACAGAGAAGCGCACUGAACGAUUUGCUCUCAAUCAAUUUCGAUAGUACCAACAACAACUGCAUUUUUGAGAACGGAACGUCUUGUAAAGGUUUAGCAGCUCUCGUCCUCGAUACUGCAGACCUUCGAGUUUCCUUCGCCAUUCAGUCCGAUGGCCAUGAAUUCAUUAAAAACAUUACACAACUCACUUCCUCGGCUCAUUGUUGGCUCAAUCUGUACUGGGAAACUGUUUUGUGCAGCAAAAGCGACUCAUCCACUUACUAUCGAAAAGUUGAGCUUCUCCAAGAACAAAGCCGCAGCCGAAUAUCGCCUAAUCUCGCCGAAUUCAACAUCUCAUGGGACGAACUUGACGGAAUGAAGGGCUCACAGGUCAAGGGGUUGAGGCUUUUCCGCUCCCUAACUUUGAAAUGGCAUCUUUUGUAG